AUGGCGGAAGCAGAUCAGGCUGGGAAACUGUUCAUAGGAGGCCUCCAUGCUGACACCAAUGAAAAUUCUCUUGAAGUGGUAUUUGGGAAAUAUGGUCACAUUAUGGAAGUUAUGUUGAUGAAGGAUCAGAAGAAAAACAAGUCUAGAGGCUUUGCUUUUAUUACUUUUGAGAAUCCUGCAGAUGCAAAGGAUGCUGUCCAAGAUAUGAAUGGAAAAUCUUUGGAUGGAAAGGCAAUUAAAGUAGAGCAAGCCAACAAACCAUCUUUUGAAAGCGGUGGUACACAGAGACCACAACCUCCUGCAAGAAACAGGGGCCAUCUGAGAAAUCCGAGACAUGGAAGAGGAAGAAAUCGAAGAGGAGGAAAUGGAAGAGGAGGAAAUGGAAGAGGAGGAAGUGGGAGCGCAAGAGAGCAUCCCUCACCUGGAGGACACCUGGGUAAUGUUUUCAAAUACAAGGCUGCAACCAGAGGACCGAAAAAUAGUUUUCCUGUACUCUCUCUCUUCUCCCCAAACCGCUUUCAUACCAGUGGUUCUUUAGCUUUUUCCUCGAUUUUCCAAACUGACUUUUACGGUCGUGGUGGGCAUACUCCUAGUCCCAACGCGAGUUCUUCCAGGGGAGCCUUUCCAGUUAAAAGAGGACAAUCUUCGAGAAGUGGAGGUCCUCCUCCUAAGAGAUGUGCUCAGAGACGAAGCAGCAGUGGGGUGGGAAGACAAGACGAUGAAUGA